AUUUUUGUAUUCAGCAUAUUAGAGAGAGAACAAAUGGAUAUUGUAGGUAGAGUGCAAGCUUCAUAUGCUUGCAUCCAAUUCCCUCAAAAUUCCUCCUCCAUCUUCUUCCCAAGGAAAAGCUACUCUGUACGUCGUCGCCGAGGUCAUAUUUCUCAUCGGAGAAUCUCAUCGGCGGUGGUGUCUGUUCUCGGAAGUCCUCCACCGUCAGUAAGUGAACUAGAAGAAGAUGAUGUUCUUUCGACAUUUUUCAAAGAGAGGGAGUUGGAUGGGGACUUUAUUUCUAAGGUUUCUGAUGUACUUUGGCUUAAGAGAGUUGUUAAAUUCAAUGAUGCUGAUGCUGAUGUUGAUGCUGAUGCUGAUCCCGAGCUUGCUCAAUUACGAAAUGAGACUGCUGCAGACGAGAAUGAAGGAGGUUUCUUGAUGCUAACUAGGACCCUUGAAUGGGUAGCAGCAGGUGACAGUUCUGCACCAUUUAACAAGAAGAUAAUUGCAAAGGACGUGCAGAAUGACAGUGAGAAAAGAAAGAGGUUGAACAAUCUUAGAUAUGAAGCGAUCAAGAGAGAAAUCUUGCUUUUAACCAUAAGUAUCGGGUCACUAUGCAGUGUAUACUGUUUGCUAGCUCUGUCUGUACAGGCUGCAGUAAGCUAUUCUGCUGGAGUUUUAUUCAGUUGUUUGUAUCUUAAACUUCUAUACCAACAAACAGACAAGAUAUCUAAGGAAGCAGUUCCAAAGAUUUUCACGCAAAAGAAAAUAAAAAAGAUUGGUAUAAGGAGCGAAGAUUUGAGAGAUGUGUUUGAAAAAACAGUUAGUGGAUCGGGUUUCGUACUCGCAUCGCCCAGGCUCAUAAUUCCAAUAGCAAUAUAUGGACUUUGGGGCGUUUCUCAGCAUUUCGGUAACAAUAUAUUUGAUUUUCAGCUUGUACCAGCAAUGGUUGGGAUGUUUGCAUAUAAAGCUGCUGCCCUAGUUCAAGUUUAUAGAGAUAAUGAAGAUCUUCAACUUAUUUUCCCUGGAGAUGAUGAGGACUUCACUAGAAGAGAAUAAAUCCAAUCAUGUAUGUAUUUGUGUUCGUGGGUCGUUUUUGUUUUUCGAGUUUUCAACUAAACACUAUCCAAAAAAUCAAUUCGGUUAUACUAAAUCCAAUAUUCAUAACCGAUCUGGUUGAUUCUGACA